AUGCCAUCGAGCACUCUAUUGGAAUUAGCCCCGAACACUCAUUCGAAAUGCAAAUUUGAAACGCGAAAUCGUAGCUCAAGCAGUUCAUCCGGCUGUAGCUCAUCGUCGACUGAGCUCUACGAUCUUGCCGCAGCGCACGCAGCCCUCAUUUCCAGACAACAGCAGAUUUUGAAUCAAGGUAUCCCUAUAAUUCCGGAGCACCAAUUAGCAGCUGCCGCCGUAGCUCAUCACCAUCACCAACUACAUCCAUCGGUCCAGCACCAGCUAGUCGCAGGUCAUCAUCAUCAUCAUUUGCCACAAGUGGCACAUCAUCCGGCAAUAUUACCAAGAUCCGACGUGAUCCAACAACCGUCCCAUUUCGCACUACACCAACACCUACAGAACUUGGUGCAACAACAGCAGCAGCAACAAGCGCUCCAUCAUCAUCAACAGCUAGUUGGUGACAUGGCUUUGGUAUCACAUACACACCCGGCAGCCGUCGGCUCGACGACGUGCUAUGAGAAAAAUCCUCAAAAACAGCAGCAAGUUCCGCAAAUUCCCACCCAACCACAGGUGGCACAUGUCUCUUCAAAUGCCAUUCUGGCAGCCGCCCAACCAUUCUACCAGCCUCCAGUACAAGAUUCCCAACCAGACAGGCCUAUUGGCUAUGGUGCUUUUGGAGUUGUUUGGUCAGUCACAGAUCCUCGAAGUGGAAAGCGAGUAGCACUGAAGAAGAUGCCAAAUGUAUUCCAAAACUUGGCUUCGUGUAAACGAGUAUUUCGAGAAAUCAAGAUGCUCUCCUCGUUCCGACAUGACAAUGUUCUUUCACUGCUAGACAUUUUGCAGCCAGCAAAUCCGAGCUUCUUUCAAGAAUUUACCAGCUGGCACCUUACCCCGUCUAUACACCACCAAAGAUUGAUUAGUCACAUCAAACCUAUUUGCCUUUUUUUUGUGUUGCCAUUGGUGUCUCUUCUGUGUGCGCAUAUGUAUGUUUGUAUGUGGUGGCAUGGCACUGCCUUACUCGAAGGGCGGAAGGAGACGAUAACAUAUGUGCUCACCGAGUUAAUGCAAAGUGACCUUCACAAGAUAAUCGUUUCCCCACAAACACUGACAAUUGAUCAUGUCAAAGUUUUUGUAUAUCAGAUUCUCAGAGGAUUGAAAUAUUUGCAUACUGCAAACAUUCUACAUAGAGAUAUCAAGCCAGGAAACCUUUUGGUCAACAGCAAUUGCAUUCUUAAAAUCUGCGACUUUGGAUUGGCGCGAACAUGGGAUUCACGAGACCGCCUGAACAUGACUCAUGAAGUUGUCACUCAAUACUACAGAGCACCAGAACUUUUGAUGGGCGCCAGGAGGUAUACGGGAGCCGUUGACAUCUGGUCUGUCGGAUGCAUCUUCGCUGAGCUUCUGCAACGAAAGAUCCUGUUCCAAGCCGCUGGACCGAUUGAACAGCUUCAGAUGAUCAUUGAUCUUCUUGGAACACCAUCACAAGAAGCGAUGAAAUAUGCUUGCGAGGGAGCCAAGAACCACGUCCUUCGUGCUGGACCACGAGCUCCGAAUCUUCAGUCCCUAUACAGAUUGUCUCAACAGACAACAGACGAUGCAGUGGAUCUGUUAGUGAAACUUCUUAAAUUCAAUCCAGAUGAGAGAAUCAGCGUAGAAGAAGCACUUUCACAUCCAUAUCUCGAAGAAGGACGACUCCGUUUCCACUCGUGUAUGUGCUCGUGCUGUUAUACGAAAGCAAACGUGCCAUCAAGGAUAUUUUCGCAAGAAUUAGACCCUAAGCACGAGAGUCCAUUCGAUCCAAAAUGGGAGAAAGACAUGUCACGGCUGUCAAUGUUCGAACUUCGCGAGAAAAUGUACCAAUUCGUGAUGGAUCGACCAGCCCUCUACGGUGUUGCAUUAUGCAUAAAUCCGCAGUCAGCGGCCUACAAGAAUUUCGCAAGCUCAUCAGUAGCGCAGGCGUCCGAAUUACCCCCCUCACCACAGGCGUGGUGA